AUGUCGGACACAAAUUGUCGGACGAUGGAGGUUCUCGCUGACGCUACUGGGACCGCCAUCGACAGAAGUCAUUUUUCAAACGUUGGAAGGGAUCAGUACAACAACUACACGACGCACAAUAAUAUUUAUACAGGAGAGAAAAGGAAGAAAGUCGGCAAGGACCUGCCAGUUGACCUUUCCGAGUUCACCGAAAUCAAGCGGGGUGAUAUAUACAGGGACCAGGACGUUCGUUACUCCUGGAAGUUGCUCUCCAAUGGGAGAGAGUCAACCGAGGCUACUGUGUAUCAUGCAGAAAUCAACAUCACCGGAUCGUUUGGGCACAAAAAAUUCACUGUGAAGACAUACCAUGGACUAAAUGCGAUGAAGGAAUGGAGGCGAGAUUUCUCGCGAUGUUCUCAGGAUUGGCAAGGGAACAUUCCGCUUUUUGGUUAUAACGUGUCCUCGUAUCCUUCACUAAUAUUUCAUGGAGAGCUUGUACCUCUGGCAAGUGUUGAAGCUCGACUGGGAUUGGUGGGGUGUUUCUACAUCCAGCUACUGAACAAGCGCUUCGGAUGUUCAAGGAACGAACUAUGGGUAGAUUCUAAGGGGGGGUUUCGUCGUGGACCAAUUGGGCCUUUAGGCCGCCAAUGUCACUUUUGGAGGGAUGAUGACCGCGACAUUGAAAUUCCAUCCGACAUGAAAUUUCUCAAAGAGGAAGUCGUUUUCCGAUACUUUUUUAACGUGCAGGACGAUUUAAUGCUUCUUUGUGUGCUUGGCUACAGCCACGUUAAGAUACUGAAAGAUAUACCUGCCAUUAACUACCCGCACGUCAUUUCAAGUUUGACGAAUUCGACAAUUGCUUCCACCGAGAUAUGGCUGAGGACUCAUUUCGACAAAGGUCAACGGAUUGGGAUUGGAGCGCAAAGGUUCCGUCUUAUGGACGAUCAACGCAAAAUAGAAUUAUACUCUUACGGCGAACGAGAGUCAUGGCUUUCACAAGCCUGGAGUGUUUUCCACGCCCAUAACCUCUCAAUGAACGAGGACUUAUCCAACUUCAAAUUCGUCCAAUCUUUUUUCGAGCUCCGAGGAACACUACAGAAUUCUGAACGCAAACAACAAAGACGCCAACGAUGUGCACCCAUCUACUUGAUUCUCUUUUCUUUCCCUUCUCUCUGCUAUCAUUGGUCCCUUGACCUAACUGGCCAAACUCCGCUAUCGCCAGACAUGUGCAAAUACCUUGGCCUUCCGUUCAAGCUCUCCCAGCCUACCAAAGCGUAUGCUUUCCAAUUCUCCGCACCCACCAAGAUCUACAAAAUCAUUAGCGAUUACCAAAUUGCGAGGGGAUUUGAUCCCAAAACGACAGACUUCGCGCAACACCUUGGAUGGCCCACCUUCAAAAUUAUACAUCCUGAGAGCCGUUUCCAAGAAAUUGUUGAAGAGCAUGAGGUCUGCACAGAAUCAGGAGCUCAGUUACUGUGGCCUGUGGUCAGCGGUGUCCGGGAAGACUCGAAAUUAGUUUCCGACUCAUUGGACCUGUCUGACGGGAAUCAAGUCGAAGACUCAAGCCUCGAAAAGGAUUCGGAUGAUUCCUUUUCGCUCGAAUUACUGUUCCAUGAGAUUCAGGCCGAAGGUGACGAAUCCCCGACCACGUCCGACUCUGCGGACGACGUCAACCCAGCGGAAACAGGAAAUUCCACGGCAGUUGGAGGAACAAUUUACGUGAAAUUUGCGCAAGCGGCGAAUCUAGGAUCCACCCAAAUGUUAGGUAUAGGGCAUUCGUUAGUAGGUCCACUAUUUGCCCCGUUCUUGCGGGUCGCAUCCGCGAGUUCAAAUCGAGGGAGUCCGUCGACCUUAUUAGAUGUAGACUGA